UGACUACUGGAAAGAAACCCUAAAACUUAAAAGGCGGAAGGAAACCCACUCGCUCGAUCAAGACGCUGGCGUUCCCCUUGGGCCUUGUGCUUUUUCCAGGAGGGAGGGUCCUGCAGCAGCAACGGAAGAGCUCAAUGGCGCGCUAUCUGCUGACUGUCCUGGUGGCCCUAACUGCCCUGCUGAUUGCUGAUCCUCUGAAGCUGAGCCCAAUCACUGACACAGACUUCAACCCUGCGGUUGUCCGCUUGGAACCGCUGCGCUAUGACGUGGCGUCCCUAGAUAGGGGCAACCGGUUGUCCUUCUCAGAGAGGCUGCUCGAAGGCAAGCUGCGGGGUCCAGAGAGCAUGGCGUUUGAUCCCCAGGGGAAGGGGCCAUACACCGGCAUCAACGAUGGUACAAUCAUCAAAGUUUCGGACGACGGACAGAGCUUUGAGACGUUCGCUUGGACGAGCACCAACCGGUCCGCGGCCUGUGGAGACAAACUAGAGGCGGAGGACACCUGCGGGAGGGUGCUUGGUUUGAAGUUCCAUCAAGAGACCGGCGAUCUCUGGUUGAUGGACGCGUAUUUCGGUCUCAUGAAAGUCGGCCCUGAGGGGGGCCUCGCAACCGUCAUCAGCAACGAAGCGGAAGGCCAGCGGUUCCAGUUCGCGAACGACCUCGACAUCGCGUCCGAUGGGUGCGUCUACUUCACGGAUACGAGCCCCCGAUGGAAACGAAGGCAGUUCAUCCUGGCCUUCGCCGAGGGUCAGGCGGAGGGGCGCCUGCUCAAGUACGAUCCGGCGACCAACACGACGACCGUCCUGCUAAAAGGGCUGCGCUUCGCGAACGGGGUCGCCCUUUCCUCGGACGAGUCGUUUGUGCUUGUGAACGAGUUGUCUCUUGCCAGGAUCGUGCGGUACUGGCUGAAGGGCCCAACCGCCGGCUCGCACGACGUCUUUUUCGACAACCUGCCCGGAUACCCCGACAACAUUCGCCCCGACGGGAGGGGUGGCUUUUGGGUGGCGCUUCAUACCGGGCGCUCUAAAGUCAUGGACUCCAUUUUCUAUUGGCCGUCCAUUCGGUCCUUCUGCUUCAAGCUCCCGUUUAAGCCCUUCAUUUGGUACCUCGUCUACGUGGGCAAACCGAUCGGGGUUAUCCUCAACAUCGACGAAGACGGAAAGGCGCAGGACGCACUGAUUGACAGCCUGGGCCGCGUUUUUGCCGCCGCUAGUGAAGUCGAGGAACAUAACGGGAAGCUCUAUUUGGGCUCCGUUUUCAAUCCGUACAUUGGGGUGUACGACAUGGCGAGGGACAAGAAAGGGGCGGGGGCGGACCGCGACUGGAUGCUAGAGCGGCAAUGAAAAGAUGCUGCUGCUUCGAUAUUGUGGGUUUCGGAAGGGUAAUUGAUCCUGUGGGUUGAUUGUGUGCGCCAAUAAGCGGCGGCCGUUUGCUAGGCCGAAGCUGGGUCCACUGUUUCAGAACUCCAUUGCACUGUACAUCAUGAUGAAGGUACAUAAGUUAGAGUCAGGACAGAGACCUCAGCUGCGCAAAUUAACGUUGUUGGUGUUAGGAAAAAGUAUAAGAUAGUGUUCUGAUUGCUUGUGUUGCGGUAGGACAUAUGAUCGAUACUAACAACUUGCCCCGAGGGCGGUGAUUGAUCGAAGCCGGAAUGGCAUUAAGCAUGCAGGUUAAAUAAAUUGCCCUCUACAAUUUGUCUUAGUGACCGAAUCAACUUCUGC